CCCUUGAAACUGAAAAUCGGAGGAAAAGGAAGAGGAAAAUAAGCUGCACACCUGCAGCAACUCUAUGCACAAAUCACUUUUCCUAGAAUCUGUUGAAGGAAAAAGAAAGGAACUAAAGAGAUAGACCCAUAUCAAGAAAACAAAAAAUAAGUGAAAAUGGUGUCUCCUUCAUCUUCGACAAUCAGAGCAUUCGGUUCAUUACUCUCCAGAUUCUCGAAUGGUGUCUCUCUUAAACCCUCAAACUCCUUCACGAUUCACGGAACACGCUGUUUAAGUAGAAAGCUGCAAUCUUCUUCUUGCUACUCAUCUUCUAGCUUAUGGGUCUCCGUCUAUGAGCUUCAUUCUGUCAAUUCCAUUAGAAAGAUUGCGACUUUCCCUCCUCUGUGUAUGGGUAGACGUUCCUGCAAAAUUGCUGGAAGAAAGACUGCCCAAGAUGCUAAGAAGACGAAGCUGUAUUCAAAAAUUGGGAAGGAAGUCGUAUCUGCGGUCAAGAAAGGUGGUGCUAGUCCAGUAUCGAAUACAGCUCUUGCUGCAUUGUUUGAGAAAGCUAAGGAGCUCGAUGUGCCUAAGGAAAUCAUAGAGCGCAACAUUAAGAGAGCUUCGGAGAAGGGACAGGAAGCUUAUAUUGAGAAAGUAUACGAGGUUUAUGGCUAUGGUGGAGUUGGCAUAAUAGUCGAGGUGUUGACGGAUAAAAUAAACAGAUCAGUGGCAGCUGUUAGAGAGGUAGUGAAGGAUUGUGGGGGGAAAAUGGCAGAUCCUGGAUCCAUCAGUUUCAAAUUUAAACGUGCUCGGGUCGUAAAUGUAAAGGUUAAAGAUGCUGAUAGAGAUCAGAUUCUAGCUGUUGCUUUGGAUGCUGGCGCUGAUGAUGUCAUUGAACCUUCAGCGGACGAAGAUGAUCCCGAGGACGAAAUAAAUGAAAUGUAUUUUAGAAUAGUAACUUCAUCAGAGAGCUACCCCACCAUAUUAACAAAGCUACGCGAGGAAGGAAUACCAUUUGAACCUGACAAUGGAUUUGAGCUUCUUCCUCUUACUCCGAUUGAGGUUGAUGAUGAGGCCAUGGACUUGAACAAGGAAUUGAUGUCCAAAUUGCUCGAGCUUGAUGAUGUUGAUGCUGUAUAUACAGAUCAAAAGUGAUAUUACCCAACUGGAAAUGUCAGAUCAGUGCUUGUUUUUAUCUUCUCAGCGACUCAGCAUUCAAUCUGAGAUUUUGGGGCCUUUAGAUCUGUGGCUUCGCUCUCUGACCCAAGCCUUUACACUUGACAGGAGUAAUCUGAAUUGCGUCUUAUCAAAACUUAAUUCAACUUCAGGUGUCCUCUUACUAUUCUUUAUCCUAGAAGCAAUUUAUUUACUACUUUAAUUUGAUGAUUACUGCAUCAAAGAACAGAAAUAUUACUCAUUGUUUUAGGAGAUGUGUAUCUCUCUCUCAUCUUUUGUCUUGUUGAAAAAAAUGAACUACAGUUUCUUUCUUGAUAAUGAAAUUCAUACACGCUUGUCUA